AUGGCUCGCUCCGAUUCGGGUUCGCCCCCGAGGCGACAGCGUGAUUCACGUUACGAGUCCCAUCGCGUUGAGAAGAGGGAUAAAGACCGGAGAAGAUCGAGAAGCCGGGAAAGAGACAGACGGAAGAGGGAGAGAAGUGUAGAGGGUAGCGACCGAAGAGAUCGAGACAGAAGAAGGUCCACAAGUCGAGAAGAAGCACACAGGAAAGACAAAUACCGAAGGAGUCGAGAGGACAAGAACAAGGACAAGAACGAUAGAGACAGGAAGAGAUCUCGGUCCCCACGAAGACACUCCCCAGAAGCAGGACCCUUACAACGAAAAGGGCCUCUCCCGUCGCAGGUUGACGCGUUCAAAGGCGACAAAGACACGCCGCCUCCCGGUCCUGAGAAGCAGAAGCCAAAUUUCCAGCCGUCUGGUCUGCUUGCUGCGGCGUCCAACACAGUUGCGACGUCAAACGGCAAUAUUGUUCUGAAAUACCAUGAACCACCCGAAGCUCGAAAACCGCCUUCUUCACAACAUUGGAGAUUGUAUAUUUUCAAAGGGGACGAAAUCCUGGACACACUGGACUUGUAUACUCAGUCAUGCUGGCUCUUUGGCAGAGAAGUGUCAGUCUGUGACUACGCUUUAGAGCAUCCCAGCUGCUCCAAACAACAUGCUGUUAUCCAGUUUCGGUAUAUUGAGAGAAGAAACGAAUUCGGAGACAAGGUGGGCAAAGUGAAGCCAUACAUCAUCGACCUCGAAAGUGGGAACGGGACCAAACUCAACGAGGAGCCGCUGCCGGAGGGCAGGUAUAUGGAGCUAAGGGACAAGGAUGUGGUCAAAUUUGGACACUCGACAAGGGAAUAUGUUGUUCAAUUGCCUCCUCCGGGAUGA